AUGUCAGCUCCAAAGUUCGAAACAGAUGCAGUUCGCUCAAUCACAGACCAGUCUAUCCAAAGCACACUUAACAACCAAGUUUACGAUCACAGCGCCGUCAACAAAUGGUCUAGUGAGAUUCUUGAAAUGACACUUCGUACACUUUGCGAGCGCUUCCCAGCCUACAAAUUCGUUUCUCAGUGCCUUAUCCUCCAGAAGGCUGGUGGUGGCCUCCACGUUUCCUCAUCUUGCUACUGGGAUUCAAACUCUGAUGGCAUGGUUACAGUCCGUUGGGAAAACGAGUCCAUGCACUGCAUUGUUUCUAUCUAUGGUCUCGCUGUUCAGUAA